AUCAUAACGACUUUGUUAAUUAGUUCCCUAACUUUGAGGAGAGAAUUUGUUUAAGAAUGCUACUCAGUCAAAAUAUAUUAAAACCCCUCGUUGCAAUAUAUCCGCAACAAGAUUAAAACAAGAUAGUACUAAUUACCACAAAAUUAAACAAAAUAUCCGAAAACGAAAAUAGCAUGAGUUUGUGUUUGGUUAGUUCAUGUUUUCUCAUACAAAACAAUAUCUUGAAAUUAAAAAUCAAAAAUAAAGAGAGAGAGAUGGUAAAUCACAAAAGUGAACAUACAAAGAAGAAAUGAAUCUUUGUCGUAACAAUCAAAACCACAAGAUUUUGGUGGAGAGAGUGUUGAAGCAAUGAAGGUAAAUGUGGAGGUAAUAACGGGUACAUUUAUAGAUGCUGAGGUGAGUGAAAAUGCGACGGUGAAGGAACUAAAGGAGAGGAUUGCAACGGAGGUGAAACUAUCGGUGAAGCGUUUGAUACUUGUGGUCGAGGAUGAAGAGGAGAGUAGAAGAUUGGUUAAGGAUGAUGAAGAUGAAAUGAAGCUGAUAGAUUUAGGAGUCAAAGAAGAUGCUCAUAUGUAUUUGUUCUUUAAGCAUCCUGAUUUGGUUUACAAGGAGGAGAAAUCACAAGGAAGAGGAGAUAAUGCAUCUGUAGAGGAGCUUUCAUCGGAAGCAGAGAGUAAAAGAGGAAACAAAGAAGAAGAUGAAGAUGCAAAGGGUGAAGAGAAAGAUAUAGCUAUGAAGAAUGGCGAAGAAGAAGAGAAGAAUGGAGAAGAAACAAAGGAUGAUGAUAAUGUUGAAGAUGGAAAAAAGAAAGCAAGAGAAGGAGAGAAUGAAAUGGAUAUAGUUUCUUGAUUUGAUUUGUUUAACCAUUCCAUUUUUUGUUUACUUUUCCUUUGUGAUUGUCUUGUCAUAAUGUUUCUUGUUCUACAAGUAAACAGCUUAAUGAAAAUUUAUGAUCUGUUUAGUUU